AUGCACAUUCUGAUUCGGUGGCCAGCCUUCUUCGUCCCUAACAAGCUCCAGGAUGACACAAAUGCUGCACACUUUGAGUACCGAGUUCUGAUCCACUUACACCUCACCCUCCAAGUCUUGAGAAAAGCCAUAGUUUUCACGAGGAAAAUUGCUCUUGAUGGUAGCUGCCCGCCUUGGUCCCACUCAGGUGCAGAACGCCUCCCAGGCCGAGCCUUGAUUUUUCAACCACUAGGUGGCAGUGCAAGCACGGCCCAAGGCGCCCCUGACGUGCCAACCACAGCGACCGGCGCGAGGUUUCGCAACCAGGCCAGGGUUAGUCAUCCCGCGACUGCAGCGCUGCCUUGUCAGUUUCAGUGUGUUUAUUACUGGCGUUUCUCUCUGCCCUUCAACCUCCCCGGAGGCGGCGUGGCUUUGCUAGCAGCUCUGGGACUGUCUAUUGAGUGUAGCGAGUGCGGGAAGAGCUUCCUGGGCUUGCUGUCUCGUGAGUGCAAGCCAUUUCCAUCCCUGGAUCCAGGCUGCGGGCCUCCCGGCGGCGCCCCAAGUCUCUCCGUCGGUCUGCAGAACCCAGCCCUCGGCCGCAAGCUUUCCAGUCACUUGGGUGCUAUGACCAGCUGUAGAGCCUUGCUCCGUGUCCACUGUGAGCCCCAACGGAAGAAUCACGUGGCGGGCAGGCGUUCCACACCAUCAGGCCUCAGCAGCGGGUGUAGUUCCAAGAAUGGUAAAUUGGGAAGAAUAAAGAUGGGUCUUCAGACUGAUGCACAAAGAUGAUUUCACAAAAGAGACGUGGAAAAUCAUUCACAAAACCAUGCAGUCCCAAAAAAAGUAAUUGUUACAGCAAGAAGCUUAGAAUUCUGUGGACCAUUCCUAGAGAUUUAUGCUAAGGGAAUCAUGAAUAUGUAAGAAAGUUUCAAAAAUAAUCACAACGGGUUUUGGUUAUUAGGAUCUCUUCUAUAAUUAAAAAAAAAAAAUAGGAGCCAGUACUGUGGCGUAGCGGGUAAAGCCACUGCCUGCACUGCCGACAUCCCAUAUAGGCCCCGGUUCAAGUCCCAGCUGCUCCACUUCUGAUCCAGCUCUCUGCUAUGGCCUGGGAAAGCAGUAGAAGAUGGCCCAAGGGGGCCCCAGCACCCACAUGGGAGACCCGGAAGAAGCUCCUGGUUCCUGGCUUCAGAUCGGCACAGCUCCAGCCGUUGUGGCCAACUGGGGAGUGAACCAGCAGAUGGAAGACCUCUCUCUUUCUCUGUCUCUCCAUCUCUCUCUGUAACUCUGCCUUUCAAAUAAAAUAAAUAAAUUUUACCAAAAAAAGAAGGAAAUAGCAAUAUUGAAUAAAUUAUAACUAUAUAAUUGCCAUAAUCAAUAGCUAGCAUUACUUGAAUGUUUAUUGCAUGCUAGAUAUUGUGCUAAUUGUCUUCUGUGUAUU